AAGAGCGAGACAUUGGACUCGCGCGAGAGAGGGGAUGGUGGAAGCUACCGACCGAACCCUCAUCGCCUCCCCCUCCUCCGCAGUCGCCGCCGCCACGGCGGGGGCGGCGGAGGCGGGUCCGUCGUACGGAGCGGCGGCGGCGCCUCCUUCUCCUCCUAGGGCGGCGAGGUUGGACGCGGAGGAGGACGAGGACGAGGGCGACGUGUGCCGAAUCUGCCGCAACCCCGGCGAAGCUGAUAAUCCCCUCCGCUACCCGUGCGCCUGCAGCGGCAGCAUCAAGUACGUCCACCAGGAGUGCCUUCUCCAGUGGCUCAAUCACAGCAACGCCCGCCACUGCGAGGUGUGUAAGCAUCCCUUCUCUUUCUCCCCAGUUUACGCCGAGGACGCGCCCGCGAGGUUGCCGUUCCAGGAAUUUCUCGUCGGCAUGGCGAUGAAAGCUUGCAAUGUCCUACAGUUCUUCCUCCGACUCGCCUUUGUUCUUUCCGUCUGGCUCCUCAUAAUCCCCUUCAUUACCUUUUGGAUAUGGCGCCUGACGUUCGUCAAGAGUCUCGGCGAAGCGCAGAGGCUCUUCCUGAGCCACAUGUCGGCGCCUCUGAUUCUCACCGAUUGCUUACAUGGGUUUCUGCUCUCUGCUAGCAUCGUUUUCAUAUUUCUCGGGGCGACCUCUUUGAGGGAUUACUUUAGACACCUCCGUGAAGUUGGAGGAAACAAUGCUGAAAGGGACGAAGAAGGUCAAGAAAGGCACGGCGCUCGUGCUGUUAGGAGGCUCGCGGGCCCUCCUAAUAGGGUUGCCGACGGUGAUGGAAAUGCUGAGGAUGCAGGCGGCGCCCAGGGAAUUGCCGGUGCAGGUCAAUUGAUUAGAAGAAAUGCCGAGAAUGUCGCUGCUCGCUUGGAAAUGCAGGCUGCUCGUCUCGAAGCACAUGUUGAGCAGAUGUUUGACGGACUAGACGACGCUGAUGGUGCAGAAGAUGUGCCCUUUGAUGAGCUUGUUGGUAUGCAAGGACCUGUAUUUCAUUUGGUUGAGAAUGCGAUAACAGUUCUGGCAAGCAAUGCGAUAUUUCUCAGCGUCGUAAUUUUCAUCCCCUUUUCAUUGGGAAGGAUAAUUCUCUACUAUCUCUCAUGGUUAAUUUCUUCUGCCUCUAGUCCAAUGCUGGAGAAGUUUAUUCCACUGACUGAAUCAGCUCUUUCUUUUGUUAACAUCACUUUGAGGACUGCAUUAACUGCUGUAAAGAACUUGUCACCCGAAACCCAUUCUGAGGGUGGUAGUGGGCAUGUGCUGGAUGCCGUUGUUGGAUCCUUAAAACCAAAUGCAACCGGACAAGGCCUCCCUUAUGGUGUAAUGAACCCUGUUUCAACAGAUAUACUGAAAGGAACGGUCAUUGACUCUUCACGUCUUUCUGAUGUUACUACACUUGUGGUUGGAUAUAUGUUUAUAUUGUCUCUUGUUGCCUUCUAUCUUGGCCUUCUUGCUUUACUUCGAUAUGCUAGGGGCGAGCGAUUGAGUAUUGGGAGGCUUUAUGGUGUAUCUACAAUAGUGGAGACAAUUCCAUCUCUUUUCAGGCAGUUCUUGGCAGGAACAAGACAUCUGAUGACUAUGAUCAAGGUCGCUUUUCUUCUAGUGAUUGAAUUGGGGGUCUUCCCAUUGAUGUGCGGUUGGUGGCUUGAUGUGUGCACUUUGAAGAUGUUGGGUGCGACAAUUGCCCAAAGAGUUGAAUUCUUUGCACUAGCGCCAUUUGCAAGCUCUGCAAUCCAUUGGUUUGUUGGAAUUGUUUAUAUGCUCCAAAUAAGCAUCUUCGUCAGCCUUCUUCGAGGGGUGUUGCGGAGUGGAGUCCUUUACUUUCUCCGGGACCCAGCAGAUCCGAAUUAUAAUCCAUUCCGCGACCUAAUUGAUGACCCAGUGCACAAACAUGCUCGACGUGUUCUGUUAUCGGUUGCUGUAUAUGGAAGCUUGAUUGUGAUGCUCGUCUUCUUACCCGUCAAACUGGCAAUGAGAUUGGCACCUACCAUUUUCCCGCUGGAUAUUGCCAUUUUCGAUCCAUUUACGGAGAUACCUGCCGAUGUGCUGCUGUUCCAAAUAUGCAUUCCAUUUGCAAUUGAACAUUUCAAGCCACGUGAAACAAUCAAAGCCCUUUUACGAUAUUGGUUCUCUGUGGUUGGUUGGGCUCUCGGUUUAAUCGAUUUCCUACUGCCCAAGCCUGAGGAAAACGGUGGGCAUGAAAAUGGGAAUGUUGUGGUAGCAAGAAGAGAUAGACUGCGUGCUGAACGUGGGCUGCAUGACCAACUUCUGUUACAGCAUGUUGCUGCUGAAAAUCAUGACUGGAGAGGCCGUGCUGCUGAGAAUACUGAUAUUGGUGAAGACUCUGACGUAGAUGACCAAGCAGAUUCGGAGUACGGUUUUGUACUUCGUAUUGUGCUAUUGCUGGUUUUGGCAUGGAUGACUCUUCUGCUAUUUAAUGCAGCUUUGGUUGUUAUUCCGAUUUCACUUGGGCGUGCAAUUUUUAAUGCCAUCCCUCGCCUCCCGAUUACACAUGGCAUUAAGUGCAACGAUCUCUUUGCUUUUAGUAUUGGAUUCUACAUUAUCUGGGGUGUCGCAACAGGAGUCAGAUAUUCGGUUGAUUAUAUUAGAGCUCGAAGAGCUAGUGUCCUUCUAUCGCAGAUCUGGAAGUGGUGUACUAUUGUUGUGAAAAGUUCUGCUCUUCUCUCAAUAUGGAUCUUUGUUAUCCCAGUGCUCAUUGGGCUUCUUUUUGAGCUGCUAGUGAUUGUGCCAAUUAGGGUACCAGUGGAUGAAAGCCCAGUUUUCCUUUUGUAUCAGGACUGGGCUCUAGGACUCAUAUUUCUUAAGAUAUGGACUAGACUGGUAAUGUUGGAUCAGAUGGCACCACUGGUGGACGAAAGUUGGCGAAGAAAGUUUGAGAGGGUGAGGGAGGACGGCUUCUCUCGUCUCAGAGGUCUAUGGGUUUUCCGCGAGAUCGUCAUCCCAAUUAUUACAAAAUUGCUAACACUACUCUGUGUUCCUUAUGUCUUUGCCAAAGGGAUCUUUCCCGCAUUUGGCUAUCCUCUCAUUGUGAACUCUGCAGUCUACCGCUUUGCCUGGAUCGGCUGCCUCCUUUUUGGCACUCUCUGCUUCUGUGCUAAGAGAUUCCAUGUUUGGUGCACCAACCUCCACAAUUCUAUAAGGGACGAUCGCUAUCUAAUAGGUAGGAGAUUGCACAACUAUGGAGAAGAAGCUAUUCAGAAGAGUGGUGAAUUGGAGGUGAUUCCGCAGAACUCGAAUCUGCAGGAUGGUGCACUGAUUCGGCUCGGCCGAGAAGCAGAGCUGGGGCUGAGGUUGAGACAUGCUAAUCAGAAUCCGAACCAACAAAUAAGGCAUGCCAUGCUGUAGAAGGAGUAUGUCUGCUUAAAUAUUUGAAUGGGUUUUGAUGUUGCUACUGCUGCAAUUUAAGAUUGGUAUAUGAAAUCCCGCAGUUAUUUGGAACUUUAACUAUAUUUGUUGUUGUAAAUAUAACUAGAGUUGUAUUUGAUGAUUGGAUCCUGUGAAACUGACGUGAAACUGAGGUUAAUUGCAAACACCACCUAAGGUGAGUAAAAUAUUUUCUGUAAUUUUGGAUAGUCCUGCACUCUAGAGAUUAGAAUCCUUAGAAGAACGCCGGAGUAUACGAUAUGUAAGAUAUUGUUGAGUAUAAUGGUUUGUUGCCUUUAACCUUUAAUUUAA